AUGGCCUUUCUAAACCUCGAUUUCUUGGGGCAUGGACCCCAACUCCUCCUCAUUUCGAUGCUAUCGGUUGUUUUCUACGCCCUUUAUUACUACUUUCUUCCGAAACCCAUUCCUGAAAUUCCCUACAAUGAAGAGUCUAGGCGAAGCUUCUUUGGCGACAUUCCCAAGUUGCGGAAGGAAUUGCCCCAUUCAGCGUUUGCCUGGAUGUCCAAGCAGGGUCAUGGAAGCGGAAGCCCUCUCUUCCAAGUUUGGCUCGGGCCUUUCGCGAAGCCGACUGUCAUCCUCUCAGACUUUCGGGAGGGCCAGGACAUCAUGAUGCGCCGCAAGGAAUUCGAUCGUUCUGAUGCCUUCGCUCACAAUGUCGGGGGCGAGGCAGGAACAUUCCAUGUCACUCUGAAAACAGGAUCUGAAUGGAAAGCUCACCGCCGCCUACUGCAGGACUUGAUGACACCGGCUUUUCUAAACGGCGUUGCGGCCCCUCAAAUCUACAAGAGUUGCCAAUGUCUAUUGGAGCUCUGGACCAAGAAGGCGGAAAUCGCCGACGGGAAGGCAUUCAACGCAGAGCAUGAUGUUUUCCACGCUGCACUAGACGCCGUGCUCGACUUCGGCUACGGAGGUGCGGCCAAGAUCAGGGCUCUUCCACCCCAGAUUGAGACGAUCGACUCGCUAUCCGACCGAGACAUCCAACAGCUGAGGAGCGCGUCGGCUGCGGCCAUCGACUUUCCCGUUACACCCGAUCAUCCAGUCAUCAAGGCGUGUAUUCAAGCAGCAGAGAACGUCGCUGGGGUCGGCGCGACCGGUUUUCCCAGGCUGGCGUGGUGGGUGAUCGGCUGGAAGCCCAGCAUUCGAAGCGGGAGGGAGGCAAGAAGGAAGUUCCUGGACGACCAGAUCUUUCAGGCAAUCAACAGAUACAAAGCCGGCGAAAAAGACCAGACCGACAAGUCCAUCAAGUGCGCAAUCGAUUUGAUGGUCCAGAGGGAAGACAUGGCUGCCCAGAAGCAGGGAAAGCGUGCGUCCAAUUGGCUUCAAACAAUGCGAGACGAAAGCUUAGGCUUCCUGAUAGCUGGCCACGACACUACAAGCACGACGUUUUGUUGGGGACUCAAGUUCCUUGCAGACGACUAUGCUGUCCAGCAAAAGCUCUUUGAAAGUCUCCGCGCCGCCUUCCCGGCGGCCGUCGAAGAGAAACGCCUCCCCACCGACCGCGAAAUCACUAAUGCAAGAGUCCCUUACUUGGAAGCCGUCAUCGAGGAGAUGCUCCGACUUGCCCAUACUGCACCCAUCCAGGACCGCCAGGCCACCGAGGACACCAUACUCUUGGGACAUCGCAUCCCCAAAGGAACAAACGUCAUCAUUCCUAAUAUGGGUCCCAGCUUCACAGAGCCCGCCCUUCACAUCGAUGAGCAUUUGCGUAGCCCAUCCUCCCAAGCCGCGGCCAAGGAGCAUGGUGUACGAGUUUGGGCGGAGAAGGACAUGCACAAGUACAACCCUGAUCGAUGGAUUACGCCGGACGAAAAGGGCAUCGACGAAUUCAAUGCAGCUGCUGGUCCGACGUCGCCCUUUGGACUUGGCCUUCGAGGAUGUUUCGGGCGGAAAUUGUCUUAUAUGGAGCUCAGACUGUUGACGACCCUACUGGUUUGGAACUUUGAGCUGCAGCAGUGCCCUGCCAGUCUCUCAAGCUACGAUUCCACCGAGGCAUUGACGCGAAAGCCUGUUCAGUGCUACUUGAAGCUGAAGCGCCGGGAGAUGUAG